GUCCCUAACCUGGUGUUCCUYGCUGUUAGUCCAGAGGAGAAGGAGUCCUGGAUAAACGCCUUAAAUGGWGCAAUCACCAGAUCCAAGAACAGCAUCCUGGAUGAGGUCAUGGUUGAGGAUGAAAACCUUCUGUCCCAUCUCACACGGGACAGGGCUAAGAUCCCUCACACACGACGCCUGCCUACACGAGGACACAUCAUGGCUGUGGCCUCCACUUCUACCUCUGACGGCAUGUUAACCCUUGACCUGAUCCAGGAGGAGGACAGCCCCAGCACAGACGGCCAGGACACCUGUGACAAGAGCUUCCGGGCCAACCUGGACAAAUCCACUCAGCUCGACUGCCUCAGGUCCAAAACAGAGGGUGCCAUCAGUAGCAUCUGUCUAGCGACUCCCGCAGAGGUCACUGGGAAGUCCCAGAGCCUUCCGRGCGAUACUGGGGUCACUUGGGACGAUAAACAGCAACUUCAGAGCCCGAUGGGGAAGUCCUGCACUCCUCAGCCGGGCAAGAGGCUCACACCAGCUGAGAAAAGCCGCUGCGCCUCCAUGGACGAGAUCCUCUCACACUCCGGGACGCAGGCCACCAAACCCAGGACAUCCAUCCCCCGCUCUGCCACCUCUGCCCCCCCUGGCAACCUGCCYCCCAUCAGCCAGCUGCAGGACCUAAUCGCUCAGAAGCUGGAGAGAACUCAGGAGCUGCUGAUGCAGGUGCAGGGGGCGAAGGGGGAGGAGGUGGAGCGGGGGAAGGGGAAAGGGAAGGACUCUCCAGGUUCCAAGGGCUCCAGGGGUUCCUCGGACGGGGCCCGGGCAGAGGCAGAGAGGCUGCUGAAGGAGGCAGCGUCCACAUGGGGUCAGGCCAAGGAUGUUCUAGAGGAGGUGAAGGAGCUGAGGGCGCUCUACCGUCAGCUGGACUCCCCGCCCGCCACCCCUGCCUCCCUCUCACCCCUCACACCCUCCAACAGCGGCAAGCAGACUGACUACAGGAAGAGCAUGAUGUGACCGUCAGAGAACUCAACACAGACUGGACUAUGAAUCCCUAAGCAAAAAAACAACUCAACAUGCAAAGCCACAAUAGUGUUAAAUAUGUCUGUUUCUCUCC